GUUUUUUUUAUACAAGAUCCAUCAAAUUUACAUUUUCUUUUUUAUUUUACACUUAUAAAUGACAUCUUCUCUUCACGAAAAGAAAUCCGAAUUCCAAGAGUCUGUAAAUGAUGUCUCAAGUGAACGUGAGUUCGAGUAUGCUAAUGAAGGCAUCAUUGAUAUCAAUCGCGAACACGCUGGUUCGUCAAAGAUGGCAUAUUUCAAUAUUGUAUGCGUUGUUGCUGGUACAGGCACACUUGGUUUGCCUGCUGCUUUAAAGCAAGGUGGUUGGAUUGGUCUUUUCAUUCUCGUUUUAUCCUGGAGCAUGUCCAUCUACACUGGUAUCAUUUUAAUCCGUUGUCUUUAUGCCAAUGGUAAGACUCGUUUGACUACUUACAAGGAAGUGGCUACCACAGCUUUUGGUGCGAUUGGUGGUUGGGUCACAUUCUUCUUCAAUGCUUGGAUUCUUUUGGGCGCUCCCAUUCUUUAUAUGGUUCUUGCUGGUACUAAUUUAAAUCAACUUUGUGAAGGUACUGCUGGUGAAAUCGGCCACGUUCCUUGGACCAUCAUCUGCUGUGUUAUUGUUGCCAUUCCUUUUAUUUUGGUCAAGACAAUGAAGGAAGUUGCAUGGAUGAGUGCAUUUGGUGCUCUUGCUACUGUGAUUGUUGUCAUUAUCGUCUUGGUUAUGUCUGCCAUUGAUAAACCUAAACAAAUUGAUGUCCAGCACAACUCUGUCGUUUGGAACAUGUUUCCUAUUGCUUUAAGUACGAUUUCUUUCAGUUUCGGUGGUAAUGUAGUAUAUCCUCAUGUUGAAGCCUCCAUGAAGAACCCUCGCGAUUGGCCCAAGGUUGUUGCAGCUGGACUUAGUACGUGUGCUGCCAUGUAUUUUGUUACCGCCGUCUCUGGUUAUUUGGUUUAUGGUCAAAAGGUCAUGAGCCCCAUUUACGAUUCUAUUCCUCCCAAUGCCGCACAGUUGGUUGCUAUUGUUGUUAUUACUAUUCACGUGUUGAUGGCAGCUCCUAUCCUGACUACCUCGUUCUCUCUUGAUAUUGAAGAAAUGUGCAAUAUCACAGUCGAACGCUAUGGCAAGGUCAAGGAAUUUUUAAUCCGUGCCAGUAUCCGAGUUGCUACCAUGGCAUUUAUUGGCGUUGUUGCAUGUGUCGUUCCUCAUUUUGGAGAAUUGAUGUCGCUUAUUGGUUCUUUUGCCAACUGUGCCUUGAUCUUUAUUUUCCCUGUUGUCUUUUAUCUGAAGCUCACGGGUGUCCGUAACAAGCCCAUCUAUGAGCUUGCCUGGUGUUUCCUCGUGAUGGUUCUUGGUAUUGUGGGUUUGGUUUUCGGUACAAUCGAAUCGAUCAAGGAGUUAAUUGCAGCCUUUUAAAAUUCCCUUCAACCGACAGUCAUGAUUCACCCCUCUCUUUUGUAAAUACCCCCAUCUAGCUUGUACUUUUAAUAACUAUUAUAUCAUAAAAUAAAUUUUAUACUCUUUUCUUCGAAAAAACUUCUUUUUUUUAUAUCUACAUAAUGUUUAAUAAUGAAUUAAAGUGACAUAUCCAGUUAUGUAAGCGCUCUCAACAGUAAACGAAGAUAUGAAAACAAAUCUUGAAGUCUAUAAAUGUAGUUAAUUUAAGACAUGGCGUGACUGGAGGGGAGGGUAAUAAAGACAAUGACAUGACAUUUUUUUUUAAAUAAAAAACAAGGCAGAGACAAAAAAAAGUUUCAUGAUUGCAUGGAGUUAAAUCCUUAAUCCAGAUUUGAAAAAUAACCCGAUGCUAUG